GGGCCCGGCAGAACGGAGCGGAGCAGAGAUGGCAGCCGCGGCAGUGGCUGAGUUUCAGAGAGCACAGUCUCUUCUGGGGACGGACCGAGAAGCCUCCAUCGACAUUUUACAUUCAAUAGUGAAGCGGGAUGUCCAACAGACUGAUGAGGAGGCAGUCCGUGUUAAAGAACAGAGCAUCCUGGAGCUGGGGGGGCUGUUGGCCAAGACCGGACAGGCUGCAGAAUUAGGGGGUUUGCUGAAGUACGUGCGCCCCUUCCUCAACUCCAUCUCCAAGGCCAAGGCGGCUCGGCUGGUGCGCUCCCUGCUGGACCUGUUCCUGGACAUGGAGGCGGCCACGGGGCAGGAGGUGGAGCUGUGUCUGGAGUGCAUCCAGUGGGCCAAGGCCGAGAAGAGGACCUUCCUCAGACAAGCUCUGGAGGCUCGUCUGGUCUCUCUGUACUUUGACACUCAGUCGUACCAGGAGGCGCUGCAGCUCGGCUCCCAGCUGCUGCAGGAACUCAAAAAGAUGGAUGACAAGGCCCUGCUGGUGGAGGUCCAGCUGCUGGAGAGUAAGACCUACCACGCCCUUAGUAACCUGCCUAAGGCCAGGGCCGCACUCACCUCAGCCAGAACCACAGCCAACGCCAUCUACUGCCCCCCCAAACUGCAGGCAGCACUGGACAUGCAGUCAGGAAUCAUCCACGCAGCAGAGGAAAAGGACUGGAAGACGGCUUACUCCUACUUUUAUGAGGCCUUUGAAGGCUACGACUCCAUCGACAGUCCCAGAGCCAUCACAGCGCUCAAAUACAUGCUGCUCUGCAAGAUCAUGCUCAAUGCGCCAGAGGAUGUCCAGGCGCUGAUUAGUGGAAAACUGGCACUGCGAUACGCUGGCAGACAGACAGACUCUCUGAAAUGUGUGGCUUUAGCCAGUCAGAACCGCUCCCUGGCAGACUUUGAACAGGCGCUGACAGAGUACAAAUCUGAGCUGAGGGACGACCCCAUCAUCAGCACCCACCUGACCAAACUGUAUCACAACCUGCUGGAGCAGAACCUCAUCAGGGUCAUCGAGCCCUUCUCCAGAGUCCAGAUCGCACACAUCUCGUCCAUCAUUAAACUUCCUAAGGGAGACGUGGAGAGGAAACUAUCACAAAUGAUUCUAGACAAGAAGUUUCACGGUAUUCUGGACCAGGGUGCAGGUGUGCUGAUCGUGUUUGAGGAGCCUGUGGUGGAUCAGACAUAUGAGUCUGCUCUGGAGACCAUCCACAACAUGAGUAAAGUGGUGGACUCACUGUACAACAAAGCCAAGAAACUGACAUAAGAGUGGGUCAAAGGUCAAACCCUUGUUUCGUCUCCUCUAGGAGCACCACAGUGGGGGGGGGGGGGGGUAGAGGAGGAGGAGAUUCUACAGACACUUUGGACCCACCCAGAGGAGCAGAUCCAAACCAGCCCCCCCACCAUGGGACCAGAACAGAAGGACUAACUGGACCACACACAGCCCUGCACCUCUUCCUGCUCCUCCUGCUCCUCUCUCUGCACCUCCUCCAUCCUCCUCACACUAAGUGCUCCCCCCCCCCCCCCCCCCCCCCCCGGACAAACUCAGCCACUGCAUUCCUUUGGGUUCUACUGUGUACAGUGGACAGGCCUGUUCCUGUUUGUGUUCCUGUUUGUGUCUGCACCAGACAUCAGGGAACCGUCUACAACACCAACAAAUACACAUAUACAUAACUGUAACAUAUAUAUAUAUAUAUAUAUAUAUAUAUAUAUUAUAUAAUAUAAUAUACACACACAUACAUACAUAGACAUCCAUGUAAUAUAUAUACAUACUUCUACACACGUCUUAUAUAUCCUCAUAUGUAUCCUGGCUGUGUCAGAGUGGGGGGGUGAUGGUGCUGACUCACUGGAUUCCAGCUCAAACUGAAUGUUGGAGUCCUGCCCAUCUGUGACAUCACACCCACUCACCUGGUGUGACCUUUGACCUCUCCCUCGCCCCUUUCACAGCCCAGUACACGCCUCACUCACAGUGCAUUGUGGGAUUGGCGGACCACACUGGCGCGGGGGGGUGGUGCUCUUCAGUCCACGUGGGACCACAAAGAGAAGACAUGGCGGACAGCACUAAGGGGCCCGCCCCCCACUAUGUCCACUUCCUGUUUGUAUAUACUGUUUCCUGUGUGUUCACCCCCCCACCAUCAGAACAGACCUGGUCUGAACUGAACCUGUGCACAGAACUCCGCUGGACGUGAUUGGUUGGUUAUGGUGAAAGAAGGCGGGGCUUGUACAGUUUAAAAUCAACCUGUAAAUUUCUGGGAAUUUAUUUUACCAGGGUUCAACGGUUUACCAGAUAAUGUAGAGAAAUGCAAAUAAAAAAGUUUAAAGGUGU